GACUUGUCAGUAUUCCGUGAAGUGUUGGGCCGUGUAUGCGCGCCGGUCCUCCUUCCGCCGCAACCCUAACUCGCUAGAGAAACACGAGGCGCCCCCUCGAUCGCGGAAAUCAUUCGACAACGAUCCUCCGGCUAGAUCGUUCUUCCAACUCGCCGACUUCGUCGUCGGCGUCGCACCUGGGUAACACCUCCGUCGAACUAAAAAUACAAGGACGAAUUUAACCAACGGUUUACGAGCGUUCGAAGACAAAGAAAAUUUCUUCGGGAACUAUAGGACACGAUCUCAAGGUUGUGUCGCGACGUUUGGUCUCGUUCGGAGCUGUUGACGGAAGACCGAGGAACUUCAGAUGUGCCUGGUUCGGUUUUGUUUCGCGGACUCGAAGACUUCGGUCCCCGAAGGGAUUUUAUUACCUUUUAUCGCGUGUGGACGAUCGUUUCAGGCCGAUCGAAUAAUCGAGGUGACUUCGAAGUGCGCGUUACUGUCGCCGAAGUUGUCGCUUCCGAGAGCGCGGGGAGCCACUGUGAACUUCCAGGGACGGAUUUUUCCCUCGGCGGUGCUUGCGAUCGGCGGAGAAAGUCGAAACAUCGGCAGCUAGAAGUUUUAGCCACGCUUUCGCGCGAAGAAGAAAGUUCAAAAUAGAUCUCGGAGGUCCUUGGAACGAUCCCGAAUCGGCUUCGAUUCGACGUUUAUAAACAUUUACCAACAGUUGUUUGAAAGGCGGUUUAUAAUUGUCUAAAGAUAGAUUCUGGCUUCUCGGAGUCAAAGGAGCACCAAUUCGAAAUCAGUUCUCGCGGUAAACACAGUGAUACGCAAUAUUUUUCUGCGGCCCGACGAGGGAUCAAGAGGCGAAGCAGAGGCUGAUGGGAACGUUUGAUGCCCGAACCCGUGCAGCGUCGAAGGGGCAGAAAAAGAAGACGAUCUUGCGAAGGGCAACGAACAAUGCAACCCUUGAUGCUCUCUCGCCGCGAAGAAGCAAAAACUUCCGCGAUGCUGAGUGUUAUUUCCUGCGAAACGCUUUGACUUAAUCGCGCGACCGAGACCCGCUGAUUGAUCGCCGGUCGUGGCCCCGGCAACUGUUACUCGGGGAAAUAAAAGAGACGGGCCAAAACUAUCGCCGGGAAAAUUUACGGAAGAUUUAAGAUCGUUACGUGGCCGAGGAUUUAUCGGCAACUCGAGGAGAACCGAGGAAGAAUGAGUUGCUCGAGCUACUCGGACGAAUCGCUCCCGUAGGAUCGCUGAGAAUAUCGGAGUGUCAGCAGCGGUUUCUCGUGCAACGGGACAGGAUGGCAGUCGACAACCCCUCGUACUUCUCGUUGUCGAGCGGGGCUGCGUCGUCGAGCACCGCGACGCCGGCGACGUCGACAACGAGCGUGGCGUUCUCGCCGCCAGCUAAGGGGCCCACAGGUCUGACGGCCUUGUUCCGUCGACGGGCCUGUAAGAUGGGCGCCACGUCCUCCGCGAGCAUCGUUUCGACGUCCACGGCCAGCACCACCCUGAUGCAUCAGGAGAGCAACAGGAGCAGCGCCUCUGGCGCGUCCACGCCGUCGACGCCCACCGAGGAACGGGUCCCGAUGCUGUCGAGAAACGGGACUGGCCAUGGAAACGGAAGCCACGGCGGGGCCAGCCAGAGGAGGAGCUUCAGAAACCUGUUCAGGUCGGUCAGCGCCAAUGCGGAUAACGAGAGGACCCAGCAGUUCCUGAAAGGCGACCCUAGACCGUCGGACGUCGCGCCACCUUCGCCGUAUCUACCUCACAGGUCGCACUCGCACUCGGAGAACGACAGAAGACGACCAGGUCGAAGCAGAGCAGUCCUGAAAUCGGCGAGCGAGCUGCUCUCCAACGACAUGGUGUACUGCGGUCUGGCUAGAGACAAUCAUCGACAUAACGACGACGACGACGACGACGAUGAUCCAGACUCCAGCGAGGUGUUCAUCGGUGUCGACGAUGCUAGGUACUACAACCUCUCGUCGACCUUGCCAGCGCCAGGCUCGGCAGCAGCAGGUCGAAGAAGACACUCGAUAGGCACCUUCCUCGGCAAAGACCGAGGUGCCGGUGCGAAAGACAACGUCGCCAGGAGACAAGCACACGACGCCGCUGCCAUGGUGGAACCGGAUACAAUGGCGCCGCCAGCACCCGUGGACACCGUCGACGGUGUCGAGGACAGGGCAGGAAGAUCCUGUAGCAGAAACAGACGCAGGAGACAUCGCAGUUCCUCCAGCAAGGGAUCACGUUCAGCGUCAGGGGUGUCGAAGAUCGACUCGCACCCUGAAGACGACGUGCUCUUCGUGUCCAGCAAAGACAGCGAGAUCUCGAGCCUAUGGGUGAAUUAUCUGACUGCCUGUUUCGAGCAGAUCAGCAGGCAGCAGGGCCGGCCGCCAUUCAAGGUGCGUCACGUCACCGUCGAAGAAACGAUUCCCUCAGGAACCGAGGACAGGAUCAGAACAGCUCGUCUACAGAUCGUGGUCGUGUGUCCAGUGCUAUUGGAAAGGGUUCAAAGCCGACCAGAACAUGCGACCAGCUUGGCUAGACACCUGGUCAGCGACAAGGUCCUGGCGAUGAUGCUGGGUGUCCACGACAGUCACAUCAGCGACGCCCACAGGUCGAUCCUGGUCUCGUACAAUCAGUGGAGGAAAUUCUUCGUGAAGGACCAGGACGAGACCUUCGUUGGCGAGCUGUUGGGUGCUGCGGUUGGUAUCCUCGGCACUACGCCUCCGCCUGCUCUUAGAAGCGACAAGACUUCGUUCUCCGUUCAUCCGAAGAAGGUCAAACUGGGUCACAACAGGAUAAUAGCUCUAUUGAACGACCCUCUGCGCCCGGAGGACAACGUGUCCGUGAUCGUGGAUCGCUGCGGGGAGGCGAUCGAUAUCGCCCACGUGAAAAGAAGGAACCCGUACGCCCUGCAGUUCUCGAUCCCGGAGAGAUGCUUGGAGGUGUCGAUGCUGGUCGGCGUCAGGAUAUCGAAGAACGGCUGUCCUCUGGGAGUGAGGCAGGUGAAGUGCGAGAGCAGGCUCAGGGAGCUCGACCAGAUCCUCCGGGCCCACGACAAUCCAUUGGAGUUCAUGUGUCAGACGUUCGGCUUCAAUCCCAGUGACCGCGAGCAGCUGGACAACUGGAUGGUCCACGCGUUUCAACGAAACGUGCCGCCGCACUUCAAUCUUCUGUCCACCCCCAGUGGAGUGGUUUCCAAUCAGAAGGUUCACUCCAGAAGACUCGUGGGUCCCGAAGAGAAUCCAACGUUGCUGCACUUCGCCGCCCGUUUCGGCCUCGAGAGGUUGGCCUGGCAGCUUCUGGAGUGUCCAGGCGGCGACAUAGCAUGCGACCUGAGGAACGUGACGGAGCUAACUCCGGCAGAUCUCGCUGACCAGGCUGGACACGCGAGACUUGCUCACCAGCUUCGCGGCUACAUGCAAAUGAACGAGUUCACCAACAUGUACAGCUACCUGAAGGUGAUCAGCGAGACGGCCACCGAUCAAGCGGCGAGCGCGGAUCCAACAACGACGAACACGAGCAACGAGGCCAGCAACGAUAAGGAAGAUUACUGUCGUCCACGACCACUGAGCGAGGCUUAUUCAGUGCCACCGGCCGCAAGACCAAUAACGUCUCUAAUCUUGCCUGGCCAAUUACCGGUAACCCCCGGCCCGACCACCACUAACCCCAUCGAGGCUAAUUACUCGAUCGUACCGGCACCGACGCCGGUCCACGUCAGUCCCUCGACGCCAACGGCGCCGGCGAACACGCCGAACGGCCUUGAACUACCCCUUCAAGGCUACAUGAAGAUGCACCCAGCCGGACCAAAAACGCCCACGUCGAACAUAUCGAGCCAGCAGCCGUCCAGGACAGCGACGCCCACGCAGAGUCGUCACGACGCUCACGGCCGCGAGGAGAACAGUCAGUCCUCUUGUUCCUACGGCAGGACCGCCUCGAGCUCGAGCGGAAAGUCCAGGGAGCCUUCCGGCCCUCAGGACGAGCUUCUGGAGAUCAUAAACGACUUCAAGAACAACGUGUUCACGAUCAACGAGGUCGAGAGGCUCGUGGAGAACUGGCGGAACCGGAACGACGUCCAGCAGAGCUUCAAGGACAAGCAGAGGCAGCUGACCGCGAUGAGGGAGGAGUACGAGAGGAUACAGAAGAGGUUGAAGGAGGAGAUGAAGGCGCCGACCCCGUUCGACAGGAUCAGGAAGUUCUUCUCCAAGGGGAAGAAAGAUUCGAAGGACUCGGCGAGCGGAAGCGACGAUUCCUCCGCGGCCAGCAAAGCGGAGAACAUCAACGGCGGAUUGGCCGAUCGCAGACCAGUUAGCAGUCUGAGUCUUCGCAGCGUGUCGAGUUCGUCUUCGUCCGGUAGAAUGAGCACCGCCAGCGGAUGCAGCGGGACCAGCCUCGGUGACAGUGGAACUCAUUCGGACACAGAAGAUAGGAGAUUACAAAACGCGAGGGAGGACAAACCGGGAGUAAUGUCCUACGAGAUACCGCCUGCCCCGAAACCUUUCGCCGGCAGGUACUCGCCCGCACUCAGGUACUCGCCGUCGCCUCGAUCCUCUACUGGAAACGACCUCGACCUCAGACCUCAGUUACCGUCGAAGGCAGAGGACACGGAAUAUUACAUCGCCUUUCCUCCUUCGGGAUUACCCAUUCAUUCGUUCAAGCCGGACCACACCAUGAAGGAACCAAAGACCCCCAGCUCCCCGUGCGACCACCCUAAAUACCUAGAAAUGCUCCAAGGUUCGUCUCCAGCGAGCGCGGACACCCCGGACACGGAUCCGCCGAGGCAUCCUGGUAACAGUUACGCCAACGUCGAACCAGCAGCGGCGAAUUCAGCUCCGGCACCGCCUGCAGGCAUGUGCAUUCCCACGAACUACAUGAACGUGACACCUGGACACGCCACGCCGAUCCAGGAAGCCCAGAGUCAGCAGAGGCACUCGGCCGAAGUGGCCCAGACCCCUGAAACCUCGAAGAACCCGGCCAAGGUUGAGACUCCAAUGACAGAGGACGCCAAGACGCCUGCUGAGGGUCAAGGUCCGGCGAUAGAAGCAACGGCUGCGAAUAAAAGCAACGAGGAGUACGUGGAAACGGAUCUGGUGAACGGUUCCUGUGACGUCGACGUCCCUGACGGCGCUAGAAUGCCGGAUUACAUGAAUGUGGAUCUUUCCCAAGAGCUCAAGAUCGCCAAGAAGGCGCCUGCCCCGCCUGUACCUCCCAGAGGAGCCACGAAGAAGUGAGAAGAUGACAGGCCGAGGACGCGCAGUCCUUCUCCUCCCUUCGGAACAAAGGACCGUCAGCGAAAUGUGCCUUCGACGAUUGUGUUCUUCGUUCACGAACGCCGAAGUGAUCGUGCGACGCCAGUGUUCUUCGUAAUUACAAUAAAACGCGGCAACGUUCAACGACGAAUGAUGUCACGACGCGGUUUGCGCGACGACGACUCUGAAUUAAACAUGAAGACUCGG